CCUACCCCCAGCCGACGACGACGAUCGAGCCAGAAGAAAGAAACCGACUUAUAUAUAUGGGCCAGCAAGCCGAGAUCGGUAAAGGCAGCAACUAGCAGCGGCGCCCAAAGAAGAAGAAGCAAGGCGCAUUGUCUUGGCCAAAGCAGCUACUUAUAGCUGCUCCAGCCACCGCCGCCUACGCACGGCCGGCGACGACGUAAAGCCUCACCGGCAGCUAGCUAGCUAGCAUCGUCGCCUGCCACAUGGCGCCGGUGGGUCUUCCGCCGGGUUUCCGGUUCCACCCCACGGAUGAGGAGCUGGUGAACUACUACCUGAAGCGCAAGAUCCAUGGCCUCCACAUCGAACUCGACAUCAUCCCGGAGGUCGAUCUCUACAAGUGCGAGCCAUGGGACCUCGCAGAGAAGUCGUUCCUGCCGAGCCGUGACCCGGAGUGGUACUUCUUCGGGCCUAGGGACCGCAAGUACCCCAACGGCUUCCGGACCAACCGGGCAACGAGAGCAGGGUACUGGAAGUCCACCGGCAAAGACCGCCGCGUCAUGAUGAACCACGGCGGCACCCCGCCGAGAGCGAUCGGGAUGAAGAAGACCCUGGUGUACUACCGGGGCCGGGCGCCGCAGGGGGUGCGCACCGACUGGGUCAUGCACGAGUACCGCUACGACGACAAGGCCGACUCCGACGACACCAGCGCCAUCCAGGACACCUACGCGCUGUGCCGUGUCUUCAAGAAGAACACCAUCUGUGCCGAGGUGGAGGAGCUGCAGGAGGGGCAGUGCAGCAUGGCGCUGCUGGAGGGAGCCUGCCAGCAGCUGCUCGCUGGCAGCGGCCACCGCGGCAACAGCCAGGAGUACUACCAGACCCCGUCGCCGGACGUGCCCGUUGGAUCCACCUCUGGCACCGCCGAUGCUGAUGAAGAUGCGGACAAGGAUGACUCCUGGAUGCAGUUCAUCUCCGAUGACGCCUGGUGCUCCGGCGCUGCCGCCGAGGAAGAUAGCACGUCCUGUGUAGCCCUCGCCACCUGAUCAUCAGCAGGCCGGCAGGAGAGCUUCUUCUGCUCAUGGAAAUAAUUCUCAUGAUAUAUAACUACAUAUUUUUAUUUCUUUUUGUGGUCUAUGCUGCUGGCUAUUAAUCAAUAAUCACCGGAGUGUUGAAGGUGUAAGAUUGAGCAGUAAUAAGGUAUAUAAUCAUCCUUUUGGGUUCCAUCUUCUAGUGUAUUGCUGGAGCUUGGAGGACUGGUGCCUGGAGGUGAAGGCUGUUGGAAUC